GCUAUGCAAUGUGUACCAUUUUUGCAUAAUUCAUUAACAUUGUUUUCAUAAUUCCAUUGACAUUGAAUUUUGUGCGUGUUUAUCGCACAAAAAUUCUGUUAGAAAAUUUAUUUGUGACGUCAUAUUCAUUCUUUAGUGUAAUUUUCUAACAAAGUGUCGAUUAUUUUUUAAUUUUAUAAAAUUUGAAUAAAGUAAUCACGAUUCAAAAUGGGUAAUACAUUGACAAAAGUUUGCUGCAGAAAAAGUGCAUCUGACGUUAACAAACUUGAAGAGGUUGAAUACACACCGAGCAAUGGAACACCAAAUGGCUGCAAGAAACCCAUUGGUAAUAAGGAUCAGGAAAAGAUCAAAAUUGAUAUCGAUAUUUCAAGUACGAAUACCGAGCUGGAUUUUUUAGAUGGAGAAGAUGAGCAAAUGGAAGAACUCAAUCCAAAUCACUAUUACAAAAUGAACCACGGGCGACGUGGCUUGGCAUUGAUAUUCAACCAUGAACUAUUCGAAUGUAAUAAACCAAGAAAUGGAUCGAGUGCCGAUCGCAAUCGAUUGCAAACAACACUUGAGUCACUUGACUUCGAUGUUAAAAUUUUUGAGAAUGAAACGGUGUCUGAAAUAAGGGGCGUUCUUCAAGAAAUCGCUGAAAUGGAUCAUUCGGAUUGUGACUGUUUUUUGAUUGCUGUUUUAACACACGGUGAUUCUGUACCACUGGUUGGUCGUCGCGAACAAUACACAACAAUAUUGACACAUGAUCUUGUCAGCUACCUCCACGCAUACGAUAAUAAAUAUCCUUUGCAAAUGCUCUGGGAAUACUUCACAGAUGAAAACUGUCCAACUUUGGCGUCCAAGCCAAGAAUUUUUUUCAUAGCCGCUUGCCAGGGUUACGACGUUGACGAGGGAUAUGGUGUGCCAAUUGAAAAUUAUCGGCGACGAAGACCUGGAGGUGAUAUUGCUAUUCCAUUUUCAUCUGCCAAAUAUAAACCAUUUGAUGCCGUCCAUAUUGAUAAAAAAAAGAAUUUGCCACAAAAAGAUUUUUUAGUUAUAUUUUCCACAAAAUUGGGCUUUUUAUCAUAUCGUGACACUGAACAUGGUACUUGGUACAUUCAAUCUCUCUGUAAAGUACUUAAUGAGAAAAAGCAUGAAUUACAUUUUCUUCAAAUACUCACGUUAGUCAAUCAAAGCGUUGCUAUUGAUUAUCAAUCGGGUGAAGUAGCUGCCAAACAAAUGCCAUGCGUUUUUUCAAUGCUCACAAAAUUAUUAUUAUUCCCGAAGAAGAAAUCACUCAGCGUUGCAGUGUGAGUCUACAGUGGCAUCUAAAUUGAGAUUUUGUUCAAGUUGGGAGAGAGAAAUUUAUUUUUUAUAGUAUUAUACAAUAGCGUUUUUGCUCUGUGCAUUUAUUUUUUUAAAUUUUUUUUUUUAUUAGUCGAAAUAUUUGACGAUUGCAUUUAUGCAUGCCUUUUUACCAUUUGCAAUAAGAACAUUACAUUGUAUUAACUAUAUAUUUUUCACAUUUUUAUGAGAUUUUCAUAUAAAAUAUUGUGCACGUAUGAACAACGAAAAAGAACAAAAGAAAUAUUUUUGACCAUUUUUUUCUGAAAUAUAGAACGAAUCUCCGUACAUUCUCAUCGAAAUUAUUUUAUAUAUAGUUCACAAUUUUAUUCUAAGGAUUAGUAAGAUAAUGCAUACAUGAUUUAUAGUUAGUCAAUAUUUUUCUUUUAAAUUGUAAACAGAAUUGUAAACAGAAUGCAAAGAUUACUAAAAUCAAUGGCAAUCGAAAAAAAAAACAUUUUUUAUUCAUAUAUUAUUAUCAACUACUUCAAUAUACUCUAGUUAUGAUAUUAAUUCUUUAUCAAAAUAUUGUAGUUUUAAUCGUUUUUAAAAAUCGAUGUGGUUCUAUUAAAAAUCUUUUUUAGUGAAUUAGUGAAUCCAAGAAAAUGUCUUUAGAAAAAUUGUUGGGAAUGAAAUAAAUCAAUUUUUUUUAAAUCAUAUCGAAUUUAGUAAUAAUAUGCUCUCUAGCUGUUGUUAAGUCCUUCGGAUGACGCCAUUUCUUCUUCAAAGUCAUUCUCAAAUUAAAAAGUCGAAAGUAAAACUUAAUCAUAUUUUAGAACACAAACAAACAAACAAAAUAAACGUAAAGCCUUAAACUUAAAAUAUUUAAAAAUUGA